AUGCCGCCUCGGGGCACUCCUGCCAGACGCUCGCUAAAGACAACAAGGCGGGUGAGCAAAGCAUAUCUCAGUGAUCUCCAUGACCGACUAGCUGCCUUCCAACAUAAGGCUAACCUCCUUUCCCCUCCUACACCGACGCCCGAGGACUCUAGCCAUCAUGCAGAUACUGCUAUCAUAGACCGACAUCCCGUAGCUGAGGAUACAGCAUUACCAGAUUUGCAAUCAUCACCACCAUCACAUAGUAGGCGAAGGCAACGCUUACCGAUGGAGGCUACAACCCCUCUCACGAACCCCCUCGCUUUUCACAUAAUGGACUGGGUCCCUGGUCCUACGGGUCGACCAGUUUUCAUGGGCACAUCUUCCACCUGGGCCUUCAGCCGGCGAGUCUUAGGAAUGACGCACGAGCGACUCACCGGCUCCCCAUUGUCGCCAGAUCCGGAAACCCUGCUGUUCGACAACCAUGUAUAUCGCCUCAAUUGGGAUGGUGUUAGGUCUCACAAUGCGAAAGAUAUAUUCGAUGUCUCCCACCUGCCCUCGCCGGAUUUCGCCAAAUAUCUGAUCAACUCUGUGAAGUUUCACUGCGGGCAGCUAUUCUAUCUCUUCGACGAAGAACGCUUCAUGCAGCAGCUGGAUGUGUUCCAGCGAAGUCCCGCAGAGCAAGCUCAGGCGUCACCGUUGUGGUUCUCGCAUUACUUGCUGCUUCUGGCUUUUGGGAAAAGCUUUGUGGUUCAGAGCACCAGGUCGCAGACCCCCCCAGGUGCAGAGCACUUCGUCCAGGCGAUGCAGUGCAUGCCGGACUUGAACGUCUUCGACGGGGAUCCGAUCGAGAUGGCGCAAGUUCUAUGUUGCGCGUCGCUUUAUCUUCAGUGUGUGCACCGGCGUGGGCCCGCCUACCGCAUGAUUGGAACCGCCCUUCGCUGGGCCCUUGAGCACGGCAUGUACACUGGCAUGCGCGGGUCUUAUCUCGACGGAGCAUACGUCGAGCGCUGCAGUCUGGUAUGGUGGACGGUCUAUGCCCUCGAGCGUCGAAUGUCCUCCCUGCUGGGUGUGCCAAUGGGUAUCUCAGAAGAGAGCAUCAGUGCGUCGUUCCCGUCGAUCUCAGGGCAGAUCCAGGGUGCGAAUGUACUAGAGAUGCAGACGAUGAUCUGCCAGAUUCUAGCCAAAGUGGAUUUGACUGUCUAUGGCAGCGAAGGGAAGUUAGAUAGCCGCUACCUAAGCGCCACCCAGUCCGUUCUCCGCGACAUCGCCAAAGUCACCGAACAAAUGAACCGGUCGUUUGAUUUGUACGCGAACGGCGAAAUAAGCGGCAUCUCACGGAUCUCUGCGCAUCUGCAUCUGCUAGAGCAUCAGUGCAUAAUCCUCACCACGAGACCUCUGCUUUACAUCUUCCUCCAAUCCAAGCUCGGCCACUCCGACCCAUCUCUCCUGGACUGGCUGAAGACCGGGACCGUCCACUCCCUCCUGCAUAUCUGCCUGGAAUCCGCCCAGCAGAUCCUCAGAAUUCUCUCCAAUCUCCUGGAGCAGGGACUCCUAGAUACCUUCCUCCCCUUCGACAUGGAUGCCACCUCCAUCUCCACGAUGCCCCUCAUCAUGGCCGCGGCCAUCGACCCGUCGCUCCUGCCAGACCACACCCCCUGGUCGCAGCGCGCCUACGCCAUCUUGGACGCGAUGCACCGGCGGGGGAAUCUAGCGGCCAAGCUUGUCGGGGCGGAGCUGAAGCAGCUCGACACCGAACUGGGCCACCUGAUGAAGGGUGGUCAUUUGGCUAUGGCCGUGCCUGGAAAUGGCAUGUAUCCGCCGCCGGCAGAGCAGGAGGGGGAUUCGGUGGUAGACGCUGUCCCGCCAGUUGAUGAUCCAGAGGGGUAUGCGGCGCCGCCGGGAUUGGAACUAGACGUGGUGGAUGAGUUCGCGCAGCAUUACGAGCUGAGCCCCGAUCAGUUGCUGGAGUUGGCGAAUUCGUUGGAUGUGAAUAGUCUGGCGUGGCCGUUUUCCGGUUUGACUGAGAUAGCUGGCAAUUGAAAGCGCCGACCUAAUAGAUUUCCUUUUGUUCUCAAGCAUGAUGCAACCACAGACAGCUCUUCUUCC